UGGCUCUCUUCUCGUUUUACUUGACUCUCUUUCUCUUUCUCCGUCUUUUGUGCUUCCUCUCUCUCUCUCUCUCUUCUGCAGUGGCUCUCUUCUCGUUUCGCAUGGCUCCUUUAAUUUGCCCAUAACUUGGUCCCGCAGGCCGCAGGUCACUAUUGCGCACCAUUGGGUUGGUGGGGUCAUUGAAAAGACGAGUGGCUUUUCAGCUUUAUCUCAAUGAAGCCGCCCCGCCACCCCCUUUCUCUUUCUUUCUCUGAUGUGGUUCUGUCUUUCUGGUCCAGACUACCAACCUCACAGAGUUAACUUCUCUCUGAUAUGGUCCUUCUUAUCAAUGCCUUUUGGUUGCAUGAGUUCUCGAGUCCUCUCUUCCUUCUUUCUAGAGUAGCUUCAGUUUAAGUUUUUCUGCAUCUUCUAUCCUCUCUGAGUUCCUCUUCUAUUUGAAUACCAAGUUGGGCAAAUAAAUCUCUUUGCCUCUCUCUCUCUCUCCCUCGACAGCCCAGUAAUUGCGAUUAAGUUUCCUGCAUGUUUUCUCCUCUCCGAGUCCAUUUCCUUUCCAAGUGCAAUUUAGGUUUCCUGCAUCUCCUCUCCUUUCUGGGUUUCCUUCCAUUUCAAUACCGAGAUUGGCUCCUCUUUACUUUCUCUGCGGAGCAAUCCUUUCAUAGUCAAUAAAGCACCUCUCUUUGUCUCGAUUACUCGGGUUUUCUGGCGGGCAUGAAGACUGCAGCGUAUUUUUCUCAAAUCCACAAAGAAUGGAUUCCUGCCUGAAUCGCACACCGCGAACAAGAGAGACACAAGAAAAUGUCUAACUCGACCACAGAAUGGAGCAGAGAUGAAGAAAAGCUUUUCGAGAAUGGCCUGGCGACGCACCCGGAGGACGACGAAGAACGGUGGGAGAAGAUUGCUUCCGAGAUCCCCGGAAAGACUGCAGCCGAUGUGAAGCACCAUUACGACAUCUUGGUUGAAGACGUAAGCUCGAUCGAAGCGGGUAGGGUUCCGGUUCCCUGCUACGCUCACGACGAUGCUCAAGGGAAGGAAUCCUUUUCUCCGGCCGCCUCCGAGAGCUCGAAGAAAGGGAGUUUCGGAUAUGGCGGUGGCGCCGGUACCGGUGGGUAUUCCGGUCUGCCCUUGGAUGUCAAUGGUGGUGGGAAGGGGAGUUCCAAGUCUGAUCAGGAAAGACGGAAAGGGAUACCUUGGACAGAGGAAGAGCAUAGGUUGUUUCUUCUGGGUCUUGACAAAUUUGGGAAGGGUGACUGGAGAAGCAUAUCCAGGAACUUCGUCAUCUCAAGGACUCCUACUCAGGUGGCCAGCCAUGCACAGAAGUAUUUCAUUCGUUUGAACUCGAUGAACAGGGACAGGAGGAGAUCAAGCAUCCAUGAUAUUACAAGUGUGAGUAAUGGAGAUGCAUCGUCGCCCCAAGGACCGAUCACCGGGCAAAGCAAUGCAGCUGCUGUUGCAAGAGCUGUUGGACCUUCUGCUAAGCAUUCCCCUCAGCAGACCUUGCCUGGAGUGGGCAUGGGAGGUGUCUAUGGCCCGCCAAUUGGGCAGCCCAUAACUGGCCAUGUAAUGGCUUCUGCAGUUGGAACACCAGUAAUGCUUCCCCCUGGACAUGCCCCUUAUGUUGUUCCUGUUGCUUACCCUGUUCCACCACCUCCCAUGCAUCAAUAGCAGCCUGAUCUUUGUGCUAGAACUUAGAACUAUGACCGAGCUUCCUAAUUGAAAGGCCUCCUCGAAUCUCUUUGGUGGCCUGUCAGUUUUAGAGUUUUAGUCUGUUAACUCAUCGCGUCACAUGUGAACAUGUCCCUGUUUUACUUGCAGCAGCGAAAUCUUAUCUCUGCAGCGAAAUAAAUGUACUUAGAUUUGAGGCUUAAGGAUUGCCUCAUCUAAUUUCUGCUA